UGGCGGUAAUGUCCCUCCUCGGACACCGUAGUUGCACGCAUGGCCUGCAGGGAUCAUGUUGAAGGUGACAGGUAGUGGUGCCAUGCCGGGAGCGCUGACUUUGUUACCGACCACCGUCUCCGCCGCUGCCGGUGCCGGUCCCGAAGGGCAGGAGGAGACCGCCCCGUUGCUCCGGGAUGAGCUGUCUCUGUACCCCGCUGCUCCCCUGCAGCAGAGCCGGUAUGUGGAGCCUGAAGCCGGUCAGCUGGAGGAGAGUGUCGCCACCCUCAGGAAGGUAUUAGAGCCGUACACGGACUGGUGUCGGGGCACGUACAGCCGAAUUAAACCCAAAGUCCAGAGCGCCGUCCGGUUCGGGAACGACACCUACAGCUACUUGAAGGACCCGCCGAAGGACUUCUAUCCCCGGGCGGGAGUCAUCGGCUUCACCGGUGUCCUGGGGCUCCUCCUCGCCAGACGCUCCCGGGUUAAGAGGCUCCUCUACCCGGCGGGCCUGGUGACCGUGAGCGCCUCCCUCUACUACCCGGAGCAGGCUGCGGCCAUCGCAAAGGCAACCGGAGACUCCGUGUACGACCGAGCCGUGCGGAGCUACGCUGCCGUGGAGAAGAUAGUGAAGCCCGAGAAGAGCCCGGACUCAGACCCCAAACCCUAAAGGGAUCCCUCAGUGUGGUUCUUACAACAGAGCAAUAAUAAAUCCGCUUUUCUCGGAUACUGUAGAUUGAUUGACAUGUGCUACCAAGACAGGAUUUAAACGCGUGUGACUUUCUCAUGCCCACUUUUUUUGCACUAUUGCUUCAAAUGUAACUCAGGCCGGGCAUGGCCUGUCACAAGGGCUCUGCCACUUAACUGAUUCACUGCUGCGUCUGAUUGAAUGUAUAUUUAUGUAGAGAAUUAAUAAAAAUAAACUGUCUUACAGGCA